AUGUACGUCCUGCUUGGCUGGCUCUCGCGACUCCGCACUCUCGUUCUCCCGGACGCUUCAGCGCUGACCGCUCCGGGGUUUUCGACUCUUUCGUCUCUCAGCUCGAUCCGCAUAACCUCUCUGAAGCUGCGCUUUCACCAUCUUGUGAAUCUCGUCCACCUGCCGCGGCUUACCAGCCUGGCCAUCAGCUACGACCCUGAAGUGGCGAAAACAACUGAAACGUUUUCCGUCUCACAGCUGCCGUUUCUGAAAUCGCUGCAGCUCGACGGGGAGUUUUCUCCUUUCUUCUGGUUUCUUCCCUCGGGAUUGCCGUGCACCAGGCUGGAACGGCUGGUGCUUGCGGAUUGCACCUUCCUUGACCAGCUUCCGGACGACCUUGGAGAGAUUGUCCCGUGUCUCCGCGAGCUAACGCUUAGCUGGUGCUCUGGACUCACCCGACUGCCCGAAGAAUUCACGUCUCUGACCCGGUUAGAGAGCCUGACAAUCUCCUCAUGCCCCAACUUGUCCAGCCUGCCCAACAACUUCGGUGACUUAUCUGCUCUGAAAAAAACUCUUCCAGAGAACUUUGGCCGUUUGGAAGCUCUUAAGACGCUGUGCAUGGUGAAGCUGCCGUUAGUGAGGCUUCCUGAAGGCUUGGGGGGAAUGGCUGCCAUCCAGACUAUUUUCCCGAAUGAAGUGUUUAAUCCGCUGCAGCUCCCGGGUUCGCUCAGCCAGUUGACUUCGUUGACCCGGCUUGACAUCGAUCUGGCUUCAAAUGAGAAGCUUCCGGAGGGCAUUGAGAAGCUGAAUCAGCUGCGGCAGCUGAAUAUCCAGUGCUGUUUCAAUCUCAGGGAGAUUCCAGAAUCCGUGACAGGUCUGACCAAUUUAGACACCCUGACAGUUGGGAUGUGCAGCGAGCUCGUUUCAUUUCCCAAGAAGCUGGACACCCUUGUAAAGCUCAGGCAGUUGCAGCUGACGGGAUGUCAUCCGUCCAUGUGGUUGAACGGACCUCCUACUUCCCUGCCGUCCUCUCUUGAGUCCCUGAGCCUUGGAAGUUACUACCAGACCACUCUUCUGCCUAAACUCCCUUCGCUGCCGAAUCUCAAGAAGCUGACAUUGAAUCUGGUCAAUGUGGAGUGUGGGGAAGCUGAUGUGUCUGAAACCAGUGCUUUGCCUCGGUUAGAGUAUCUGGAGUUGGUGUUAGCAGAAGAUGCAAGGGAGCUCUCAUUCCCCUUUGCUUCUCUCCCCCAGCUGCGAGCCCUCGUAAUCUCCAGGGCUGGUAACAUUGAGACGCUUCCAGGAAGCAUCGGCUCAGACCUGAAGCAGCUCCGACGUUUGCAGAUAGAGCAUGCAGCAGAACUGAAAGUGCUGCCAGAAACGAUCUCUCAGCUUGUGCAUCUGACCUCCUUGGACGUUCAUGCACCCAAGCUCACCUCCCUUACCACCAGCAUCGGUGCAUUAUUCAGGUUACGGGAGCUGAACCUCUCUGAUUGUUCUGAACUGGAAAGUCUCCCAGCUUCCCUCACCCAGCUCGCCUGCCUGAGCAAGUUGAGUGUUGAAAACACUGCCAUCCGCUCGCUUCCAGGAAACUUCGCGCAGCUGACCCGGCUCAAGAGGCUGGACCUGUUUCAGUGUGAGCAUUUGGAGGAUUUGCCGGAAGAUUUUCCAGAGCUCAAGAUGCUGCAGGUUCUGAGGUUAGGUGGCUGCACGAAUGAAGUGAACAGGGAACAGCAACGGAUCUUGAGAGACCGUGGCAUUGACGUCAUGUAUGGGUUACGACUAGGUUGGUGA